UCCCCUGACCACACCACAUUGAUUUCACAUUGUGUCUUGAGCAGUGUGGGAAACUUGAGUGUGGUUGCUGCCUCCUGCUGGCACAUAGCGACUAGGGCAUCACUAACACUGUUAUGUUAGCCAGACUAAUUGUGCAGGAUCGGUCGGUACGGUACGGGGUCCAACGCAGUUAUCUACGAAGUUCUGUUAACGUUUUUCGCCAAAAAUGCUUCGUUUAACCGCUGCCAAAACCACACAUUUGAACUUUUGGCGUAAGCAGGCAGUGUUGCCCACAUGCAGUCAGGUGCCGGUCAGAUCCAUCAACCGUGAGCCUCUGCACAAAGAAUGGGUGGAGCUUGCCAAGAAACAACUGAAAGGGGCGGACCCGGCCGAAAAACUUACCUGGAGAACUCCAGAGGGAAUCAACAUCAAACCGCUGUACACCAGGCAAGACACAGCCAAACACGAUGAGGAACUCCCCGGCCGGUACCCGUAUACAAGGGGUCCCUACCCCACCAUGUAUACCCAGAGGCCGUGGACAAUCAGACAGUACGCAGGGUUCAGCACGGUGGAGGAAAGCAACCGAUUUUACAAGGAGAACAUCAAGGCUGGCCAGCAGGGCCUCAGCGUGGCCUUCGACCUCGCUACGCACAGAGGGUAUGACUCCGAUAACCCCCGUGUCCAUGGUGAUGUUGGUAUGGCAGGCGUUGCCAUAGAUACCGUUGACGAUAUGAAGAUGCUGUUUGAUGACAUUCCAUUGGAUAAGAUGUCCGUCUCCAUGACGAUGAACGGAGCGGUGCUUCCAGUCAUGGCGAUGUUCAUCACCGCUGCGGAAGAGCAGGGCGUGAAGCAGGAGCUCCUGACGGGCACAAUUCAGAACGACAUCCUGAAGGAGUUCAUGGUGCGCAACACAUACAUCUACCCGCCCGAGCCGUCCAUGCGCAUCAUAGGCGACAUCUUUGCCUACACGUCCAAGUACAUGCCCAAGUUCAACUCCAUCUCGAUCUCCGGCUACCAUCUCCAAGAGGCUGGCGCUGACAACGUCCUAGAGAUGGCAUUCACUCUAGGCAACGGGCUGCAGUAUUGUAGAACAGGCUUGGCAGCGGGCCUGGACAUCGACCAGUUCGCCCCCCGUCUGUCCUUCUUCUGGGCCAUCGGCAUGAACUUCUUCAUGGAGAUUGCCAAGAUGCGGGCGGCCCGGCGACUCUGGGCACACCUGAUCCGCGACCACUUCCAGCCCAAGAAGUCCAAGUCCAUGGUGCUGCGGUGCCACUCCCAGACCUCUGGAUGGUCUCUCACCGAACAGGAUCCGUACAACAAUGUGAUCCGCACCACCAUCGAAGCCAUGGCGGCCACCUUUGGCGGUACCCAGUCACUCCACACCAACUCGUUUGACGAGGCCCUGGGCUUGCCCACCGUCAAGAGCGCCCGGAUUGCACGGAACACGCAGAUAAUCCUCCAAGAGGAGAGCGGCAUUGCUAAGGUUGCCGAUCCUUGGGGAGGCUCCUUCUUGAUGGAGAGUCUAACGGAUGAGAUGUAUGACGCCGCCAAGAAGGUCAUAGAUGAGAUCGAAGCGAUGGGUGGAAUGGCCAAGGCGGUGGCCGAGGGGUACCCCAAACUGAAGAUCGAGGAGUGCGCCGCCAAACGACAGGCUCGGAUCGAUUCCAGUCAAGAGGUCAUCGUUGGGGUCAACAAGUACAAGUUGGCGGAGGAGGAACUUGUGGAAGUGUUGACCAUUGACAACACCAGUGUGCGAGAGCAGCAGAUUGAGAAGCUUAGGAGAAAUAGAGAGACACGAGACCAGGAGGCUGCUCAGAAGGCAUUGGAUGAUCUGACUGAGUGUGCACGGACCGGGGAAGGAAACUUAUUGGAAUUCUGUGUCCAAGCAGCCAAGCUGCGCUGCAGCGUGGGCGAGAUCUCGGACGCCAUGGAGAAGAUCUUCUCGCGUCAUGUGGCCGUGGACCGCAUGGUGAGCGGUGCCUACAAGUCGGAGUACGGUGAGGACCAGGAGCUAGAGGCAUGCAUCAGGAGAAUCGAGGAGUUCCAAGAGAAGGAAGGACGUCGGCCUCGUAUCCUGGUGGCCAAGAUGGGCCAGGACGGGCACGACAGGGGGGCCAAGGUGGUUGCUACCAGCUUUGCCGAUCUCGGCUUUGACGUGGACAUUGGCCCUCUCUUCCAGACUCCCGAGGAGGUCGCCCAGCAGGCCAUCGAUUCGGAUGUGCACGUGGUGGGGGUCAGCACCCUGGCAGCUGGCCACAAGACGCUGGUGCCCGAGCUGAUCAGAGCCCUCAACAACAUGGGCCGAGGGGACAUCUGUGUGAUUGUUGGUGGAGUCAUUCCUCCACAGGACUACGACUUCCUCUAUGAAAAAGGAGUCAAGAGCAUUUUUGGACCAGGGACAAGAAUUCCUGUAGCAGCAGUCAAAGUCAUCGACGACGUCGCCGAGUCCCUCAACCACAGGAUGAGUGGCAGCAACUGAUCGCAUGACACCGGAUGUGACAUCCUGUUGGCUGUCAGAAUGACCUUCGAACUUUCACGUUCAACUUCCACAGGUAUUGUGUGAGCAUAGAAACCUCUUCAAUCACAUGUGCAGCAUGGCGAGGUUUUAGAGUUGAUUCAACUUUUGGAAAUCUUGUGUAACUUCAUUGGUUGUUUGUGACCUUUGACCUGCACUUUUGGCCAUGUCUGUGUGUGGAAACAUGAAAGGCUCAAGUCGCAGCACAACCAGGGUGAUCACUUCUCAGUCUGAAUGACCUUUGCCCUUUAUGCCACGCCCACGCACUCUGGUAGAUUUCUUCCCAUCUCGCAACUGUUUACAACAGCCCUGCCUUUGAUUUGUGAAACAGACGGGCACUGCUCAGCCAACUUGUAAAAGACAGCGCGAGGGUGCAGCCGGCACCCUCUCAUUAUGAGUUGCCCACACAGUUUCCAACUGAAUGAGCACAAAGACGGAGUAGCACUUUGAGAUACAUUUGCCAAUUUUUGCCUUAACCACUUGCCGCUGCCGUUACCGGACACGUAUUCUUUUUUACAAGGCUGCAGGCCUGG